AAAGUGUUAACCGCGAACGAUGAACUAUUGUACUUGGUCUAAACCCAAUAUGGCGUCCAUUCACCGAUUAUUCCGGGCUAAUCAAUUCAUCCUAUCGGUGACUCGCGAACCUGUACCAUGAACACGGAGGUCGGAGACUACCAAAUACAGAGUAGUGGUGACGGCAAGCGGGGAGAGUUUACUUACUGUAUGCUCCAAAGAUUAUUUAUGUGUUCAGACUUCAGUGCGGUUCUUGUGUUAAUGUGAUUUCGUUCGUGUAAAUUAUUGUCGAAUAUCGGUAUCGAGGGAACGUACGUGCUAACCGAAACAUGGGAAAGUGCUGUGAAUCUAAACGUUCGACAUAAAUGUGUCCGUGAAAUGAUCAUCAAAACGAUUGUUUUGCGUCUUGCCGUCGUCGUGUAUUGCAGAGAUAACGAGUGUCUUGUUUAAAGAACAUCCGUAGUACAAUGGAGGAGACCAAAGUGAUAUAUCACAUCGAUGACGAGGAUACACCGUAUUUGGUGAAAUUGCCAAUCGCUGCCGACAAAGUUACAUUGGCUGAUUUCAAGAAUGUACUCAAUCGACCAAACUACAAGUUUUUCUUCAAGUCCAUGGACGACGACUUUGGAGUUGUUAAAGAGGAAAUUGUAGAAGACGAUUCUCCAUUACCAUGUUUCAAUGGCCGUGUCGUUUCAUGGUUAGUCGCAGCUGAGGGAAGUAACAUCUCAGAUGGUACAUCUCAAGGCACAGACUCUGGUCACCACACUCAUCGAACUGGAGGGGACAAUCAAGCUGCCAAAGCAUCGUUACGAGUACAUCAAGAAGAGAUAGGAACUUGUACGGAUACAGAAUCGUCAAUAUCAAGUUCGGUACGACCAGGGCAUCAUAUGGGUCGAGAUGGUCACCAUCGUUUAGCAAAUCCAAAAUUUCUGAAGUAUAAUGGUUUGGGAAUGAAUGGUCACCCCAAACAACAUAGACCCUAUGGUUCAUCGUCAAUGUUAAGUUCAGAAUUAGAAACUACGAGUUUUUUAGAGAGUGACGAGGACGAUGCUUCAAGUCGAAUAACUACGACAACUGGUCGCGCCACCAAUGUUUCUAGCGAAUGGCAACGUUUAGCUGGUAGCGGCCGCCGUCGAACACAACAACGACGUAAAAGACAUCAGAGACCAGCUGGCCCAGGAGGAAUGUGCCGUACGUCUUCAUUUUCAUCAGUCACCGACUCUAGUAUGUCUUUGAACAUAAUUACAGUUACAUUGAACAUGGAUUCUGUCAAUUUCUUGGGCAUAUCAAUCGUCGGACAAAGUAAUAAUGGCGGGGACGGAGGCAUUUAUGUUGGUUCUAUAAUGAAAGGAGGUGCAGUUGCUUUGGACGGGCGAAUUGAACCUGGUGAUAUGAUACUUCAAGUUAACGAUAUCAACUUUGAAAACAUGUCAAACGAUCAAGCUGUACGUGUUUUAAGAGAUGUUGUUCAGACACCUGGACCAAUAAAACUAGUAGUGGCAAAAUGUUGGGAUCCAAAUCCAAAAUCAUAUUUCACAAUUCCUCGAACGGAACCCGUUCGACCUAUCGAUCCUGGUGCAUGGGUCGCACAUACUGCAGCAAUGAGAGGUGAAACUUAUCCUUUACGUCCACCGUCAGUAUCAACGGUUACAUCCACAAGUUCUUCUCUUGUGUCUACUAUGGCCGAAACUGAAAUAAAUGCCGCUUCAGCUAGUACUUUUAAAGAUCUCCAGUUAGAUGUGCGUACUACUGAUAUGCUGAGCAUUGUUAGAGCUAUGGCAAGGCUCGACUCCGGUUUAGAGAUUAGGGAUAGAAUGUGGCUUAAAAUUGUUAUACCAAAUUCAUUUAUAGGUGUCGAUGUAGUAGAAUGGCUCGAGACCCACGUUGAAGGUUUCCAAGAUCGUCGAGAUGCACGAAAAUAUGCAUCGCACAUGCUCAAAGCUGGUUACAUCAAACAUACAGUUAACAAAACGACCUUUUCCGAACAAUGUUAUUACGUCUUUGGAGAUCUUUUGUCUGCAGGUAUGGAACAAAUAAAAAUCGAUAGCGAGUCAACUGAAAAUGCGGGGGUUGGUAACCACGGCGCGUGGGAUAUGCCGUAUUCAGGGACGUUCCAUCCAAAUUCUUCUCCAAUGCCAUUUAACUAUUCUGGGGAACCACCUCGUUAUUUGUUCGAUAAGGAUGAGAGCGGCUCAGGUGGUAGCCGGUCUGGAUCUGAUAUCAUGAAACAAAAUAUGAUAGGCUUAGCCAUAAGCGAACACAGUGGCGGCACUGCUCAACAAAUUCCCAUUGGUGCUCCAUCAACUGUCGAGAAAUCUAGCGGUUCGGAAAAAUCUCAAGUGUUAGCCCCUCCCAACACUGUACCUGCCGACUUAUCUGCAAGCCAACAGUCAUUCCGCAUGGCAAUGGGUAACCCCUGUGAGUUUUUUGUAGAUGUAAUGUAAACAUUUUUUGUAAUAAUUAGCGUAAAUUAAAAAAAUAAAAUAAUUAUAAUACUAAAACUUUUGUAUAAUAGGAUUAAAUUUCAAUGGUUUCCCUAACCCUCUUUUUACCUUCUUGUUUCAAUCAAUCUUAAAUUAUUUUUCAGUGCAGAAAUAUGUUGGAAGCUUUUCUAUUUUGUAAUCAUUAAAUAAUUGUUUCAGAGAUACCAUACAACAAUGUAUUAUUUUAACUUGCCCAAGUUAAUAAACGUCAUUUAUUUAUGCACUAAAUAAUAGGUAUAGUAGUAAUAAUAAUAUUGAUAUAAUAUAACAGUAUUAAUAAAAUAAUUGUUUACUAGGCUAAUAUUAUAAUACGAUCUACACGUGUUCAUUUUUAACUAAAAAAAUACUUAACUACCUAACUGGAUAAAGAAUAACAACUUAUUUCAUUAGAAAAGUAAAAUAAAUAAUAUAUUAUACUUUUUAUUUAUAGUGAAUUUAUGUAGUUGAAUAGGGUGAGUAGUUAUAUAAAUAAAUACUAACUAUUAUUUAGAGCAAAAAUAAUGAUCCUGUAUUGUAUCAAUAUCUCACUUUUAAGUAUUUUAUUAUUGACUUAAUUGUUAAUAAUUACAUGAUAAUGUAUUUACAAUUAAUUGCUUGUAUUCAAGUAAACAUUUUAAAAAGGUAAAUCAUUUGUUUACGAUUAUUAUCUUUGAAUUUUAUUAUAAAACAAAAAAACAAGUAUUUUCUAGUAUGAUUAAUAAUUUUAUUAUUUUAUUUGUGAAGAUUAAAUGUAUAUCGUUGAACUUAAUAAUUUAUAACAAACAAUAGAUUUUAUGUACAAGCAAUAAUUCUAAUUAUUUCUGCACUGGGAAUUUUAAUUUUUAUUGAUCUUGUUAUGUUAAGCGUAAAAUGUUAAUGGCAAUAACAAAUCUGAACUAAAAUUUAAUAAUGCCAUUUAUUUGAGUAUUAUAUUUGUUUUUUGUAAAGCUUUCGAAAUAAAUCUUUUUUAAGUCGGUUUAAAUUUAUUAUUUGAUUACUGAUAAUUUUUUGAUUUUUUUUUUCAUUAAUUUUACAUUGCGUUAUUUUUAAUCCAUCCGUAGCAGAUUGCUAUUGUUUUCCAAAUAUUUAAAUACAUUUUGUUCUUCUUUUAACUGUCAUAUAUUUUAUUCGAACAAGUUCUUCUUAGUUUUAUUUAAUUCUAACAUUAGCUUACAUAAAUGUAUAUUUCAAUCAUGUUGCCAUGCUCUCUUAUGUGUAAAUAAAUUAUUUUGUUAAUUUACUUUGAUAUUAUAACAGCUUUAUAGACAAUAUUAUAACUUACAUUUAUUAAAACAAAACAGAAAACAAAGAAAAAAGUGAUUACAGAAUUGGUGUGCCAAUUAUAGUCAGUCGAUUAUAAUUAAACUAAUUAAUUUUAUUAAGAACAGAAAUAAAUGUUUUUUUUUUUUAAUAUUUGUAUGUAACAUUUAUAAUAAAAAUAUUCAUCAUCUUCAAAAUGAAAAUGAUGCUAAUUCAAAUUUUAUAUUAUAAUAUUGAAUAAUUAUAAUAAUAAUAUUUAAUUACUAAUUUUUUUUUUAACAUCAAUAUUAAUGAUAUUUUAAUUUUUAAUUUUGUUAGAAUUUAAGUUUUUGACGCAUAUUUUUUUUUACUGUUAACGACAUAAGACUGUGAUAACAUAAUCCAAACGCGGUUUUUAAAUUUGGUUAUUUACUUUAUUAUUUUGUUUAUAUAUGAGUUUUUUUUUCAUUUUUAAUACAUUUUAUGUUCUAUUUGAUACAGGGUAAGAAUUAUUAAUGUAUACGUCGUGUGUUUAAUGGUAGUAUGCUUUAAAUGUAUAAUUUUUUUUUGUACUAAUGACUAUUAACGAUGCCCAAUUGAAAAUAAUGAGUCGCAUGCCAAAUUAUUGUUUAUAUCGUCUGCGUGAUUUCUAUGUAAUUACUAUUAUAUAAUUCAUAAUUGUAAUUAGUUAUCUUACCUAGCUAAAAUCAAGACUAUUGUAAACAAUUUUUAGUUUAGUGUAAUAUAUAUUAUAAAUAUAUGUA